AUGGAACCUUCACAAGCUACUGCUGAACGCUUAACCAGGGAUGAGAUUGAUCUGUAUGAUAGACAGAUCCGACUAUGGGGGAUGGCAGCCCAAGCUAGGAUGAGAUCAGCCAAAGUGUUGUUAAUCGGAUUAGGAUCCUUAGGUACAGAAAUAUGUAAGAAUGUUGUACUGUGUGGGUUGGGUCACUUAACUAUUCUAGAUGAUACGGUUGUACAGGAGGAAGACCUAGGAUCACAGUUCUUUAUUGGUAGUGAAGAUGUAGGGUCCCUUAAAUUAGAAAGUGCCAAGGCUAGAAUCCAAGACUUAAAUCCUCGAGUCCAUUUAUCAUUCGAUACACAGAGUAUAGAAUCUAAGGAUGCAGAUUUUUACAAAGGAUUCGAUUUAGUAAUUGGUACCGAGUUGAACACUAGUCAAAUGGUUAAGCUUAACGAAUUGACAAGAAAGUAUAACAUCCCAAUAUAUUUGGCAGGAUCGAAUGGACUGUUUGCAUAUAUAUUUGUUGACUUGAUCCAAUUCGAUGCAGAAGAUGAGAAAUUAAAGGGUAGUCAACCUACAGAGAAGGGUCAAAUUUCUACAAAUACAGAAGUUACAGAAGUUAAAACCCGUACUGAUGAAGAUGACGACAAAAAGGUCUUUGAAGUGAUCAACACAAGACAUCACUACAAAAGUUUCCAGCAGAUGAUCAAGACUGCCUCCUUAGAAGGUCGGCUGAACAGAAGGCAAAUCAAAAGAUUAUCUAGCGCCGUUCCCUUGACGUUAGCACUGCUCCGCGCCGAGCAUGAAAUUGGACAAUUAAACUUUUUAACGUUAAAGGAGAAGGCUGUAGAAACAUGUCGACAGCUAGGUGUUCCUGAAACUGUCUUGAACGACACUUACGUGGAACAAUUUACUAAACAAGAAGGUGUACAAUUUGCACCAGUAUCGGCCAUUGUAGGCGGAGCCAUCGCGCAAGAUGUGAUUAAUAUCUUAGGUAAAAGACAACCUCCAUUGAGCAAUUUCAUUGUUUUCGAUGGGAUUACUCUAGACAUGCCAAUCUUCGAAUUCUGA